AUGGCUCCCACCCCCACCCCGUUUGCCCUCCUCGGUCAUGAGGACGUUGUGAGCUCCGUAGCGUUCUACCCCAACCCGUACCCCCACGGCCACCACGGGGGCGCUUCCUUGCUUCCCCUCGCGCUGGUUUCGACCUCGCUGGAUCACACACUGCGGAUAUGGGAUAUGGAUACGGGGCUCUGCGCACAUACCCUCGACGCUGGCGUGCCACUCUACGCGCAGUGCCGGCCAUACCGUGGCACCCCAGCGGGAGGUAAGAAAGAAGGGAACCGCGAGGCGUGCUCUGCAGCAGCCAUCUUGGGUGUAGGUCAUGGCAAGUACUGGUUCCUGUGGGAUGUCGUCAGCGCCUCACACGAGGAGACAUUCGAGGCGGUGGUAAAGGAUACCGACACAGCCGCGGCGGUUCAGCAUCUUGAGGGCCUCAUCACUGCACAUGGUCAUAUCCCGCAUAGCAGCAGAGCAUUAGGAACCGAUCACGAUGGCAUUAGAGAUGAGGUCGAUGACGAAGAGGAGAUACUAAGUCUCAUACGAAAUCCAAAAAGCGAGAGAAUAGGUACACUGGUCGAAGGAAAGACAACAGAUAUCGUGGAUGAUGAGAGCAGUGACGAUGAAAUGGCGCUUCUACGUAAAUAA